UCAUUCAUUCAUGUCUUUCGUGAGCAUGGGAAAGUGAGGUUACGUAUUUUUGUAAUGCAAAACAAAAUGAAACAACAAGCUAAAUCUCAGCAAAAUCAGGGAAAGAAGAAGAAUGGUAAUAAACUUUUCAAACCUAGGAAGAAGAAAAGCGUAGAAGAGGAUGCGGCUAUACAAUAUUUGCAAGCUCAAUAUGAAAAGAUCGUUCCUGAUGAAAUAAAAACAUUCAAAGAUUUCCCUUUAUCUCAAAAAACUCUGAAAGGUCUUAUGGAAAACAACUAUGUUACCCCAACUGAGAUACAACGAGAAGCUAUUGGAUACGCUCUUCAGGGGAAGGAUAUACUGGGAGCAGCCAAAACUGGCUCUGGUAAAACAUUGGCCUUCUUGAUACCAAUCUUGGAAAAGCUAUUCUGUAAAAAAUGGACCAGGAUGGACGGAGUUGGUGCAUUGGUGAUAUCGCCAACAAGAGAACUUGCAUACCAAAUUUAUGAGACUCUGAGGAAGGUUGGUCACUUGCAUGACUUCUCUGCUGGACUCAUUAUUGGAGGUCAGAACCUGAAAUUUGAGAGGAAAAGGAUGGACCAGGUGAACAUUUUGAUCUGCACUCCAGGGCGUCUGCUGCAGCAUAUGGAUGAAAACCCGCUGUUCAACUGUGACAACCUGCAGAUACUCGUGUUGGAUGAGGCUGACAGAUGUUUAGACAUGGGGUUUGAGACAACUAUGAAUGCUAUUAUAGAGAACUUGCCACCUGAAAGACAGACGUUACUAUUCUCUGCAACUCAGACAAAAUCUGUGAAAGACCUGGCAAGGCUCAGCUUGUCUUUCCCAACCUAUGUGGCUCCACAUGAACAGGCGGACACAGUUACACCAGAGUCUCUUCAACAGAGCUACAUUGUCUGUGAAAUAGAUGAAAAGAUUGGCAUUCUAUGGUCCUUCAUAAAGAAUCAUUUGAAGCAAAAAGUUAUUGUGUUCAUGGCAACCUGCAAACAAGUUAAGUACACAUAUGACCUGUUUUGUAAGCUGAGACCUGGUGUGAGCUUACUGGCUCUCUAUGGAAGUCUCCACCAGGAGAAAAGAGAGAAAAUUUAUAAUGAAUUUUGCAGGAAAUCCAAUGUGGUGCUGUUUGCCACUGACUUGGCAUCAAGAGGCUUGGAUUUCCCAAGAGUUAACUGGGUGAUACAGAUGGACUGCCCUGAAGAUGUGGACACAUACAUACACAGAGCUGGUCGGACUGCUAGAGGUAUAUUUGGCAAAGGAGAAGGUUUGCUGAUGUUGCUGCCUCAUGAGGAGAAGUUUGUGGAGGAUUUAACUCAAAGAAAAAUACCCAUCAACAAAAUAGCAGUGGAUCCUUCUAAAGUAGUUGCCCCACAAAGAAAAAUAGAAGCAUUGCUUUCUGAUAACACAGACCUCAAGCAGACAGCUCAAAGAGCUUUUGUAAACUAUGUCAAGUCAGUGUUCUUGAUGAAAAAUAAAGAAAUAUUCAACAUACAACUACUUGACACUGAUGCCUAUGCUAGGUCUCUGGGUUUGAUUGUCCCUCCUAGAAUAAAGUUUAUGCAUAAUCACCAGAAACAAAAUGUAACAAAGAAACAGGAAGAUGCAACUGCAAACAAUGUCAAUGUUAUUGAAAAGUUAAAAGCUAAAGUUGAUGAAGAUGAGGGCUCUGAUCAGAGUGCAGCAGAAGAAGAUGAAAGUCCCACAAAAACCAAAAAAAUAGAAAGAAAACCAGAAAAGAAACUGAAAAAUAAAAAAGAAAUCCCUAAAAUAGAUUUUCAUUAUGAAGAAGAUAGUGAUGAAGAUGAUUUCCUGAAAGUCAAGAAAGCAAAUGUGGAAGUAGAGCUCACGCCCAUUGAUGAAGAACAAAACAUUAUGUCAAAGAAAAAGGCAAAGCCACUUACAAAGGCAGCUGUGGCCAAAAAGAUAUUGAAAAAGAAAAUCAAAGUGAAUACUACAGUGAAGUUUACUGAUGAAGGUGAAGCUAUUGAUGACGAGAAAAGAGAUGUAAAGUCAGAACUAGCCAAACAAUUUAUUAAUGAAAAUGUUGGAGGCAUCGAUAUUGAAAAAGCUAAAGAAGUUUUGAAGGAGGAAGACAAAUAUGACAAACAAAGGUUUAGAGAGAAAGUUAAAGCGAAACACAAGGAACAGAAACGUAAAUUGAAAAAUAAAAAGAAGGAGGAGGAAGGAGAAAAGGAUGACUUUGGAUCACAAUCAGAAUCUGAUGGACCUGACCUGUCUUGGUUGCCUGAUCCUGACAAAAUUUAUGGAGAGAAAGAUGGUAGUAAUAGUGAUGACAAUAGCCAAGAAGAUAAUAGAUUGAUGACUGCUGAUCAGUCAUCAAUAGGUGAAGAGUCAGAAAUCGAAGAGAAAUACCACAGGCCUAGUAAACGGAAGCUGGUGGAAAGCAGGGGCAUCCCUCAGGAGAGCGUGAAACCGCGCAAGGUGAAGAAGAUAGAGGACAUCUCCUCGUCCCUAUCGGUACACGAGGCGGAGGCGCUGGCCAUGCAGCUAUUGCAGGCAAAACGAUAGCUAUAUUAAUAAAGUAAAUAAAAUGUUCAACUAUUUUUA